AUGGCGACAAAGCGAGCUGAGUUGGCUCACACAGCCAUAUUUAGUGAGUUUGCGUGGCCAAUAACGUGUGCAGACGUGAAAGUGUCGAAACCCCGCCCGGUGGUGACCCUGCUUAACGGCCUUGAAGUUGUCUGCGACACUGAGACCGAUAACGGAGGAUGGAUCGUGAUUCAGAGACGUGCGUCAGCUGAUGUGGACUUUUACCGCGGCUGGGUCGAGUACAAGUACGGCUUCGGUGACCUCUAUGGAAACUUUUGGAUGGGUCUGGAGAAAAUCCACAAACUGACUAGCAUGCAAAGAUAUGAACUGAGAAUUGACAUCUCCUACGAAGAAAAGAACUACCACGCUAAUUACAAUAGCUUCUCUCUCUUGGGAGAACCGGAGUACUACACUAUCCAGAUAUCUGGAUAUUCGGGAGAUACUACAGACACGAUGUUGCGGGUCAAUGGUCAUGCAUUCUCCACCAGCGACAGUGACCACGACACAUCGAAUGAAAACUGUGCCAGAGACUUCCACGGAGGCUGGUGGUACCUGGAGUGUCACCAAGCUCAUCUGAACGGCGUCUGGGGAAGCAAGAAGUAUGGAGAAGGCCUGAACUGGAGGCCAUUGACCGGCUUCUACGACUCUGUCAGCUUCAGCGAAAUGAAAAUCCGGCCAGUAGAUAACGAUCUGCGUUGUUCAAACGCCCUCCUCUAAUUCUUUUUUUAAUGUGUUUAUUUACCGAUCAUUUGCUUGUUUGUUUCUUGCUUUCCUUGUAAGUAGUACCAUACAGGGCGAAUGUAUCAGUCCACUGUUGUCAAUUUUUCAAAACAAUUUUAGCGCAAUAAUAAAGAAAUAAGUACAAAUACAGUGUAGUAGUAGUGUCAGCGACUGUUCAAUUAUUCUUUUUGCUUUUGUUUUGGUACGGGAAGGAGGGGGGUGGUCAAUUUUAUACCACAAUUUACACCAACUUUAAAUUAUUUGACUUUUGGAAAUUAACUAAAGAUGUCUUUGAUUUCAAACGAAUUUGUCAAAAUAAACCCAAUGAGAAAUUUUUGUACAGACCGACUUUUUGCACACAAGACACAAACGGUGAGACAGCUAGUACAACCGCUUCUGUUUCAAAUUAAUGGCCAACAAUUUAGGACUUGGAAGUUAUAAUUCGAAAUUUCAUUGAGACAAAGCACGGUAGCAAAGCCUUAGAUACUCAUAGAGAUAGUUUGCUAAGAAUUGACAAGUCUUAUCGUUGAAACUAUACCCCAUUCACAUAAUGUAUUGUAUGUAUAACAAAAUUUUAAAUACAUGUGGUUCAUCAUAUCAAUUCUGUGUUCAUAUUGAUGUUUCUGUCUAGUUCUUUGCUUGUUUGCUUGGGGGGGUUUUUUCUUUUCAUCUAUGUUUCUUUGGACAUUCUUUAUUACGAUUCAACCAAAAUCUUCAAUAAACAUAUUUUCAUAACAUCAA